CCCUAAAGCAAUUCAAGUUCAAUUCUCAUUGCUAUUGCAAACCUACACUACAAUUAUCUAAUCGACUCCUUGACCCAUUUUCCCCAACACACUGUCUCAUCUCUGCCUGACAAAACGAAGUCCGUCUAAGAGCUCUCUCAUGGAAGCUGACUUGCUAUGGCUAGGCAAAACCACAUGCUCUCCCUGGAGCCUGGUAGUAUCAAUCAGAUUCGGUGCUUCGCAAGCAAUCAAUCUUCGUCAAAACGUUCAAAUUCGUUGGAAAUACAUGUCUAUCGAUGGAAAGACCCCAGGGGUGUAUAUAGAUGCCGUGUGGAUGCACGAAGUGCGAGGACUUCUGAAGACAUGAAAAAUUUCCCUCCCUCUGUGUUGAAGAUUAGAUUAGAUUGGACAGCUUCGGCCUUCAGGCAAAUCAAAUAUUGGUUCCUAACAUACUGGAAACCUAUGGACACUUACAGAACACUCUAGAUAGCUUUACAUACAGUGUAUAAGCAAUCU